GGCGACACCCGACCCUGUAGACCCGGCCAGCUUAGAAAUCAAAACCCGUAGCAUAGAACAGACACUACUGCCGCUGGUCAAACAGGGACGUGGAGGAAUUGUUGUUAGGUGUUUCGCCACUCGUCCGACGUCGCUUUGAUUUUUUAUUCGGGAUGUAUCGCGCGAAGGACGUUCCUGCACCGAGGGCACGUCGCUCGGCUCCGCGUUGCAACAAGUGAUGCAUAUAGGUGCUAAACGCGGAAUGAUCAGUCAAAAAGUUUUACGAUGUGACCGUCGUGAGGGAAAAGGUGGCUGUGUGCUCCGAUCCGGACGGGACGAGGAGGCGAGAUAUUUCGACGCUAAUGCAUUCGCCGGAUGAUAAUAGUCGGGCUGGUGCCACUUCUACGACACGAGGAUGACAGCAUCCCCGGGAAUAUCGCCGCCGGAGACGCGUUAUCACCGUACACCCCAUUUAAUCUAUCACGGUGGAAACGGAACGUUCAGACCGAACUCGAGGCAAACAAAGUUCCGCCGUGAAAUUCAGAUCUCGACGUUGGUGUCACACAGAGACCGGCCGAUAUGCUCGGACCGAAGUCUUCGUGCCGUCGCCAGGGUAGGCCAGGCCGUAAACCUUGCCGUAGAAAGAUUCGUGACCGUCGGCGAGACCAUCGCCGACGACAACCCGGAGAUCAAGCCGGACAUGUACGAAGCCUGCAAGGAAGCCAGGGUGGCGGGCUCGGCGAUAGAGAAGCUGUGCGAGUGCGCCGUGGAAGAUAGCCUGGCGGACAGGGGCUCGGUCGUGCGAGCUGCGCGGUGCCUUCUCGGUUCGGUGACCAGGGUCCUCCUCUUGGCGGACAUCGUCGUCGUCAAGCAACUCCUCCUCGCUAAGGACAAGGUCGCCAGGAGCCUCGGACGCCUCGAGAGCGUCUCCAACUUCACGGAGUUCGUCAAAGCCUUUAGUCAAUUCGGCGCCGAGAUGGUGGAAUUGGCGCACCUGACCGGCGACCGACAGAAUGAUCUCAAAGACGAGAGAAGGAGAGCUCAAAUGGCCGCGGCGCGACAGGUCCUCGAGAGGAGCACGAUGAUGCUGCUCACUUCCAGUAAAACGUGCUUAAGGCAUCCCGAGUGUCCUUCGGCGAAAGAGAAUCGGGACACGGUGUUUUGUCAAAUGAGGAGAGCCAUGGACCUCAUCCACUACGUCGUCAAGGAUGGCGUCCUCGACUGUAGCGAAACGCAGCCUUACUCGAAUUCGCAGAGCCCUCAGCAAGAAGACUGGGAUAGUAGCACAGUGUGCGCAGCCUUAAAGCAUUUCGAACGUCUAGUGGAGACCACGAGGAUGACGCUACUCGGGCCAGGGUGCAAAGAGAGCUUGACGGCCGCUUUGGACACCGUCGUCGAGAGAACGCAAGACUUCACUGAUAGCGCCUAUACUAGUCACGAGCACAGGGAAAAUAUUCUCCUCCUGUGCGACCGGGCCAAGCUGGAGCUGAACACGCUCCUCAGGAUCGGGAACAGCAUGGAGAACUUCGAGGGUGGAGGAGGCUCGCCCAAUUCCGAAAUGGAGCAAGCCGUGCUGGGAGUCUUGCGAGCCACCAAUGACCUACGACAACAACUGAGCACUACGACAUUGGAGCAAGCCGGAGAUCUGGGCCAAGUGACUAAGGCCGGCGAGGAACUCGUAUCGACCAUUAGGAACCUUGCCUUAGCCAAUGACAUUGGUAGACUACAGGAGAGCAGCGACCGCUUCCACGAGUACAUAGAGCACAUCCUCGAAGUGUGUAAGCUCUUGAGGCACGUUGCAUUAUCGGAAUCGUUACAAGUCUCGGCCAAAUUCACAGAGAUCAACCUACGAAUAUAUGGCCCGCAAGUUGUUACCGCAGCUCAUACAUUAGCGAGGCAUCCAACGAGCAAAAUUGCCAAGGAGAAUCUUGAAGUUUUUGCUGAUAUGUGGCAAUGGCUUAUGUCGGAUGUAACGGCAGUGGCAAAGGAUGUACUCGAGUUAACGCAAAAUAGGCCAGAAAAGCAAGUGUACAUGUCAUUGCCACGCCCUGGGAAACAUGGAACGACCAGUAAACCACUGAAGCCUGUUCGGUUGGACAGCGAAGAGCAAGCGAAAAUUGCAAAGGCUGGCCUGGAAAUGAAGUUGAUUACCUCGGAAAUGGACGCCGAGACCGAAAAGUGGCAGGAAAGUGGAGCGACCCUCGAGGAGAACAACGACAUUGUCAAGAGGGCGAAAAACAUGUCAUCGAUGGCCUUUUCUAUGUACCAAUUCACUCGGGGCGAGGGUGCGUUAAAGACUACUCAGGACCUUUUCACUCAAGCUGAAUAUUUCGCCGAAGAAGCCAACCGAUUGUACAAAGUCGUCAGACAAUUUAGUUACCAGGUGCCAGGAGGUCCACAUAAAAAGGAGCUUCUAGAGAAUCUGGACCGUGUGCCGACGUAUGUGCAGCAACUCCAAUUUACCGUAAAAAAUCCCACCGUUGGAAAAGCAGCCACCUUCACGAAAGUAGAUAAUGUGAUUCAGGAGACGAAGAAUCUCAUGAACGUUAUUUCAAAAGUGGUCACAACCUGCUUCGUUUGCGCUACAAAGCACAAUGCCAGCAUGCCGCAGUGCUUGGAAACAAGCCCACCACAGGUCCCAGGACUGGACGAAGAAGAAUGCCUAUAUCCCGUCAGUCCCAGGCAAUUGCCUUCGACAAGUCCCUUCAUCCAGCCCAUUCCGCUUACGUCUCUGCAGCUCUACGGCAUUCUCAAGUCCCUUUACCUAGACCCACCGGCUCCGAGUUCCCAUUCCCGCUCCAACGUCCAACGAGUUUCCCCACCCCGUAAUCGUCUGCCACUUUGUGCAACGACAAAGGCACCCGUCACUGGAUUCCAAUCGCUACACAGUUCACAAGACCUACAAAAACUGUUCUAAUCAUGGAUACACCAGACCCAACUGCAGCAGUCAUGGCACACCACACUAUUAACACAAUGCGCCCCAUUACAGAUUGAUUUGGAUUUCGUUAGUAAAGAAUGGAGUAAAUUUCAGUGGGGCUGAGGAACACCAGGUGAGGAAAAAGAAAAACCAUUGACGUACUUGUCCGUUAAAAGAGACGAUUCGGAACAACGACUCAGGCAGGCCAUGCACCGAAAACGCAUACAAGAAAUAAGUAAAUGUUUCGAGAAUUACUUUAUAAGACGAUACAAUCGGUGCGAAUUAUCUACUGUAUGCGUCUUACGUGCCAUGGCCUGGCUUACCUUAACAUUCCGACCGGUAUGACUUUUGAGGUUACCUUUAGCG